AUGUUAUUUGGAACGGUAGCCGCCUUUGCAACCUGCCAAGCAGAGCUAGUCUUGCUGAGUUGCUUGCUGCCAGCUGCAGCCAACACUUGGCAGCUGGCUUUGCAUCAGGCAACGCGGCGCUUGCCAUCUGCCAUGUCAGCAUCCCGCUGCGCAGCCGCAAUCCAAUCUGCAAAGAGCGUGCGCGAGGUGGACAUCACAAGACAGCAAAGGUCUUGCGCCCCCUGCGCUGCGUCACCUGAAGCAAUGGCCACCUUUGCAACCUGCCAAGCAGUGGGAGUCUUGCUGAAUUGCUUGCUGCCAGCUGGCGCCAACUCUUGGCAGCUGGCUUUGCAUCAGGCAACGCGGCACUUGCCAUCUGCCAUCGUAACCUCUUGCUGCGCAUCUUGCUGCGCAUCUGUCGUCCAAUCUGCAAAGGGUGUGCACGGAAUGGACAUCCAUGUCUGA